GCGCCUGCGGCCUCAACUUCGCCGACCUGCUGGCGCGGCAGGGCCUCUACGAGCGGCAGCCGCCGCCGCCCUAUUGCCCCGGCAUGGAGUGCGCCGGCACCGUGAGCGCGCUGGGCGACGGCGUCCGCGACCGGCAGGUCGGCGACAGGGUGAUGGUGCUGGCGCGCUCGGGGCUCUGGCAGGAGGUGGUGAACGUGCCGGCCGCGCAGGCCUGGCCCAUCCCCGACGGCAUGAGCUUCGAGGAGGCGGCCGCCUUCCCCGUCAACUACAUCACCGCCUACAUGAUCCUCUUCGACUUCGGGAACCUGCGGCCCAACCAGAGCGUCCUCGUCCACAUGGCCGCAGGUGGUGUGGGCACUGCUGCCGUGCAGCUGUGCAAGACAGUAGAAAAUGUCACUGUUUUCGGCACAGCAUCAGCCUCCAAGCACGAUGYGCUCAAAGAGAGCGGUGUUGCCCACCCCAUUGACUACAGAACGAUGGAUUAUGCAGAAGAGGUCCGGAAAGUCUCUCCCAAAGGCGUUGACAUUGUCAUGGACCCCCUGGGAGGAUCCGACACAUCCAAAGCAUUUCACCUCUUGAAGCCGAUGGGCAAACUCAUAACUUACGGAGUAGCAAACCUGAUCACUGGGCAGAAGAAGAACCUCAUGGCUAUGGCUAAAACCUGGUGGAACCAGUUCAGCAUCAAUGCUUUGCAGCUCCUGCACCAUAACAAGGCUGUGUGUGGCUACAAUCUUGGAAACAUGGAUGAAGAGUACGAGCUUCUUGGGGGUGUUAUAACCAAGCUGAUGAACCUCUACAACCAAGGCAAAAUCAAGCCCAAGAUAGACUCUGUAUGGCCCUUUGAACAGGUGGCAGAUGCCAUGAGGCAGAUGCAGGAGAAGAAGAAYGUUGGGAAGGUCAUCCUAGUUCCUGAAGUACCAAAGGAAGAAUCCAAGAAAGAAGAGAACUAACAAGGCGAGAGUUGCGUGCAGAGUGUGGAUUCAUGGUUUAACUCUCUGAUCUCUUUGGGACCUGGAAAUGGACAGAUCAGUAGCUUUCAUCUUCAUCAAUACAGGAGCAUCUUGGUUAAAGUUCAAAUGAGGUUUGCAUGCUCUUGUCRUGACUGGCCCUUUGCCAAAUAUGCCUCUUGCCCUAGCUUUGUUCUGCAGCCUGUUUAUUUCACACACUUUUCUAAUCACUUGUUUCUCUACUGAAAUUCCAGGCUAAUCUUAUUUUUCUCUGGCAGUGCAACAGAAGCUUCCAGGCAGCUAGUAAUUAGCAGCUGCCUAGCCUAUCACUGUAAAAUGAAAGUGUAAAAUAUUAUAGCAGCUGCUGAGAAUCUCAGCAGAAAUUGAGCCCCCAUAGUAGCACUCACCAUCACCUUUGAGAAAUGUUUUCAGAAAAAAAAAUACUGGACCAAACUGUGGAAGCUUCUUAAGUAGCCAGAGGAAAAAUAUGCCUGGCCUAGUCUUAUUCUAGAACUGGCUGCUCUGCAACUUACACUUAUGUUCUUUCCCCCUCUGCUUUCAUAGGCUUCUAAUACCAGCGUGGUAGUAACAGGUCAUUUUGUCCUUGCUUUGUAAGUACUCAGUUUGACAUUUUGGAGUCUAGCAUAUUGCACUCUUAAUUUGCAGUCAUUCCCAUGUGCAGUCAGCAAAUGACCCAAGGGGCUGGUCUGGUAUAUGUCUAAAUACUGAAAUUUCAGUUAGGUACCAUGAUCUUGUCCGUUUUCUGAUCCCAAACUGUAAAGUGAGGCCAAACUGUGUCUGAUUUUAGAGACCAUAAGGACUCAGCUGUCUCAGAAGUGACUGGAACAAUUGAUGUUGACUCUGUGCUUUCUUAAUGUUGGGCUCCAAGUUGAUAUCGUUAAGGCUAAACUUCACCCUCGUGUUUGUAUUUCCAAAGGCUCCAGUCUGGAAUCGGAUGUCAGCAAGAUGUGGAUGAGCAUCUGUUAAUGCUUUCUUUGUGCCAUACCCUGGGCGCUGGGGAGAAGAUGAUGUGGUUUGGGAGGUAACUGGCAAGAACCAAUCCUGUAAACCUGCUUCACCAGGAACCCUGGGCUAGCUUGGGGUUCCCUGACAGUUGUUUCGUGAAGCUUUCCCUGAGUUACAGGUACAGAUGGCAAUCUGUCCAGCUCUGUGUCAAGUCUCUUGGCGUGGGCAUCUUGAGCAGUUUCACUUGUGCUUUCUGUGCUCUUCUGGCUAUCUCCAGAUAGUCCCUCAAGCCAGCUCUCGUGCUGGGCUUUGGUGCUGCGGUAGGGCUUGCUUCUUCUCCCUGGACCUGCCAGUUUUGGGACUUGGGCUCUCUAAGCACCAAGGCUUUGGGAAACAGCUGGGUACUCCUCCCAGACUAGAACUCCAUUUCUCCUUUUCUUCCAUGCACUUGAAAAUGGAACUGUGCAGAGGCCCAAACCGAAUUCUAUGAGCACUUAAUGUUCUAGGUAGUGCCCUCCGUCCUUCUGUGCUGUUUUCAACCCUGGAUUGACUGUGUUGCUCUUUGUGUUUGCUUUAGCAGUUGGAGACUUUGUCAUGAAUUGUAGCAGCUGCAGCGUUUUAGGCUUGCUUUUGGAUUCAAAAAGGUAAAUGUGAGAGAGAGCUGCCCAUCAUGGAAGAAUUCGGGCUCCAGGAGAAAACAUUUGCUGCUAGGAGGCUUGUUCAAACUGGAGGGAGGAAGGAGCCUGCUUGGCUAAAGUAUGUGAGCACGGUGCAACAUUGCCGUGAGGGUUUUCCUGUGUGUGUAGCAAGAGAAUGUGGCUGCUUCCUCUGUCAGCUGUAUCUUCCACAGGAGAAAUAAAACAGUGCUCCUCCCAUCUGGCAGUGCAGCUGGUUGUAUUUCAGGUGCUGAGAUUCAAUCCCUAGUUUUGAUACCUAGUUAGAAAUGCUUAGACAUAGAAUCCAGGGGACGUGUUAUAGUUAACUUUUAAAUAUUAAAUCAGCCCCAUCACCUAGAAGGGCUGGUGCCCAGUCACAGGUAUGUAUGCAUCUUUGCGUUCCUUGCCCUUGAUAUGAACUUCAUAAACACAAGUGAAUGAAAUUCUCAGCACAACUCUUAACCUUUUCUGAAUCCAAAGUCUCGCUGCUUCUGCUCUUUAACCUGCCUCUGUCCUGCUAAUUUAGAUGAAAUCAAAUGGUGUCUAAUGUUGUGUUUACCAUGUCUGACAACAGAAUGACUUUCUAAAUUCAUGAGAUGGACAAUCUGGACCUGUUCCUCUGAAACCUGACUUCACCUUGAUGAAAGCACAGCGUGCCCAAAUGGCACACAGCACUGCAAAGGGGGAGCUAUCCAGUUGUGUUUUACAGUAACAUCUUUUUCUGAUUUACUGUCAGCUAAGUGCAUGCCCAGUGCCUUACUAGGAUGGCCUUAAAUUAGGCAACGUAGCAAGGCUUUCCAGUCUAGUCCAUCUUGAUGCGGUGUGAAGAAAACGGGAAUCUUGAAACUCCUUGUAGGACACCUUUGACACAUGCUGCCUUGUGAUACCCCACAGAAAGAGUAUCUCAGUGCCUUCUCUGCAUGCUUGUAAGGACUAGGAAGUCACCAGAGCCUUUCCCAUUCAGGCCUUUCAAAGUACUGCCAAAAACCUUUUGUGAUUCUUGCUAUCUCUGUUUUGUGAACACUGGUGAUACAGUUUGACUCGCCUUGAAUGUGACACCCUCUUUUCAUGUGCUGCAGACUUUCCAGGGCUGCCCUGGCUGUUCUGUGCUCCUGAAUCCAUAGAAGUUGUGUGGUGAAGUGGUAUUAUGUCCCUCUCAUGAAGACUUUGUCCCAAGUCUGCCCUCGAGACAGCCUGCUGCCUGUGCACAGUCAGGGCUCCCAGCUCUCCCAGCGUAGUUGCCAGCUUAUUUUCUGUCCACAAUUUUUUGAAGCCCUUUUAAGGGUAUGAGUUAUGAGAAAUUACUAUGGUCGUCAGUUCCUGAAUUUGACUGUGUUGUGUCCUUCAGUAGUAACAGUGUUUUCUACAGAAUGAUUUAAGAUUAAAACCUUGUUCUUCACUGCCUCGCUAAUUAAUGCUCUGUUUUUUUGUCUUAUAAUUGUCUGUCUUUUUAUAGGCAACCAUUUCUAUGGGCCAAUAAGUAUGAAACCUCUGUCAAACAACUUUAAGUGUCUUAACUCACUGAAGUUAACCAGCAGGUUGUAUACCAAGGACCAAAGCAAAAAACAACCCACCUCAGAUUAAAAAAGAAAAAUCAUUCAAUUCGAGAUAUUGCUUAACUCCUGUGCUGAUGUCACGCAUGCCACUCCAUAUACCAUAAGUGCAGUUUAAUGUUUAUUUUUUACUGCUUGUCUGACCCACAGGCUGUGCCAGGAGGAGAGGAGGCCAAGGGUAAAGCAUGAGUAAGGAGGUCCUGAGCACAGAAGCAAAGGCUUCUUUUGCCCUGCCCCCUGUCCCGUGCGCUGCCAUGUAGGUGCUGCAUUUGGUGUUAUCUACUUACGCUACUGGCACAGGGGUUACUGUUCAAAUACCCUUCCAGCGUCGUUACUGUAGUCACAGUUUUGGACUGACA